GGAGAUAGUGUCCGUUGCUUAACAAUGCUUGGUCAUUUUGGUUUUGAAUGUUUGCCUCAUCAGUUGGUAAACCAAUCUAUUCAACAAGGAUUUUCUUUUAAUAUUCUCUGUGUGGGGGAAACUGGAAUUGGAAAAUCAACACUCAUCGACACAUUAUUCAAUACUAAUUUGAAAGACAAAAAAUCCUCACAUUUUUACUCAAAUGUUGGACUUAAAAUUCAGACAUAUGAACUUCAGGAAAGUAAUGUUCAAUUGAAAUUAACUGUUGUGAAAACAGUGGGAUACGGUGAUCAAAUAAACAAAGAAGCCAGCUACCAACCUAUAGUUGAAUAUGUAGACGCUCAAUUUGAGGCCUAUCUUCAAGAAGAAUUGAAAAUUAAACGUUCCUUCAUUGACUACCAUGAUUCCCGUAUACAUGUGUGCCUUUACUUCAUUUCACCUACAGGACAUUCUUUGAAGUCCAUUGAUCUAUUAACUAUGAAGAACAUUGACAAUAAGGUGAAUAUUAUACCAUUGAUUGCCAAAGCAGAUACAAUUUCUAAAAACGACUUACAGAAAUUCAAGUGUAAAAUAGUGAGUGAAUUGGUUAGUAAUGGCAUCCAGAUAUAUCAGUUCCCAACAGAUGAUGAAACUACUGCUCAGGUGAAUUCCUCAAUGAAUGGACAAUUACCUUUUGCUGUAGUAGGGAGUAUGGAUGAAGUGAAAGUUGGAAAAAGAAUGGUCAGAGGCCGUCAGUACCCUUGGGGAGUUUUACAAGUGGAAAAUGAAAAUCACUGUGACUUUGUCAAGCUCCGGGAUAUGCUUCUUUGUAUAAAUAUGGAAGACCUGAAAGAACAAACUCACACUCAGCACUAUGAACGUUAUAGGUGCUGCAAACUGGAGAAAAUGGGCUUUACUGAUGUGGGCCCAGACAACAAGUCACUUAGUUUUCAAGAGAUCUAUGAAGAUAAAAGACAAAAGUUCUAUGAUCAAUGUCAGAGGGAAGAAGAAGAAUUGAAACAAAAGUUUAUGCAGCGAGUAAAGGAUAAAGAAACAACAUUUAAAGAAUCUGAAAAAGAGCUACAGGAAAAGUUUGAGCAUCUUAAACGAGUCCAACAAGAGGAGACAAUGAAACUUGAGGAGAAGAGAAGACAAUUGGAAGAAGAAAUAAUGGAUUUUUAUAAAUUGAAGGCUGUUUCUGGAACAUUACAGACUCUGGUGUGCACCAAUAUAAAGAAGGAGAAAGAUCGUAAGAAAUAGCCCUCUCUUACCAUUCUGUGUAUUAUAGAGCCUUAUCGCUCUCAAGUCUAUCUUUCUGUGAGAUUAUCUUUAUAGCACUUAACUCUUCCCCAAUUAGAAUGAGAACUUCCCAAGAGCAGGUACCCUGACCAUCAUAUUAGAUUUUGU